GGUCAUCGGAGCUCGACAAGCUGCUGGGCAUCCCCGACCCGACCAUGGCGGCCAAGCUACGGGAGGCGGUUGUGUGGGCCCGUCACUUCAUCCCCCCUUCGCCUGCAGCAGCCCCGAAGAGCUUGGAACAGCAGCGGCAGUCGGCCACCGAUCGAUGCAUCAACCUCCAGCGCCAGCUCGACGAGGCCGCCGACGCCCUGGUGGCGGCCGAGGAGCAGCUGGACGAGUGCCGUGGCUGGCGCGACACCUGCGCUGCCAGCCUGGCGGAGGCCCAGGCGGAGGAGGCCGAGCUCCUGCGCAGUCGGGCCCAGGCCUCUGGCAUCACGCCGCCGUCUCCUGAUGGCUCGAAAUCGGUCACCUGCACCUUCGAUGUGGAGUCGUUCGAGAACUUCCGCGAGAUAGAGGAGGAGGCCCAGACCAACCUCCGCCAGAUGUGCGAAGAGGGCCACAGGGUCAUGCCGGAGGCCCAGGCGGUGUUCGAGCGCAACUGCCAGGAGCAGCUACAGCGGCUCAAGGAGGACAUCGAGGAGGCCGCGGUCAGCAAACGCCGCAAGAGGAAGCGGCUCCAGCCAGAGGAGUCUGCAGGGGCUCCCGCCCAGGAGCCAGCGGCAGCAGCUGCGACCGAGAAGCAGGCGCCCCCCCUGCUGCCGCGGCGGCUGCCGCGGCCUCCGCCGCCGCGGCUGAGCCAACCAGCGGCUCCAGCGAGCAUGCCGCGAAGGCAGCCGAGCUUGGAGCUGCGGCAGCCGAGGCAGCCCGCCACCGAGCAGAAGGUGGCCAGCGCGCCGGCUGCGCCCGCUGCUGGUCAGACACCCGCGCUUGCAGACGCGGUGGCCAUCAGCCUUGGGCAGUGCCUGCCCCACCUGGAGCCCCUGGCGCUGCAGCAGGGCUCGCUGGAUGGCGACCUCCGCAUCUGCACCUGCAGCGGUGAUACUUGGAACUCGAUCGCCAGAGUCCCCGAGUGGAUGCGCAGACAAGGGAUCGAGCCGCACGUGGCGCUGGUCCAGGAGACUCGCUUCUCUUCCCAGACCGCCGAGGAGCAGGCCCACGGUUGGGCGAACCGAUGCGGCCUCCAGCUGGCAUGCUCGGUUGCGCUCAGAACGGAAGUGGCCGCCACGGCCGUGUCGUCUGGCGCCGGCAUCGCCACCUCGAAGUUGCUGGGCUCGGCGAGGUUCGCCCCGCCUUGGGCAGGCCAGCAUCGCGGGUUCUUCCCCCGCAGGAUCUCUUUGGGCAAGGGCACCACCAUUGCCAUGAUCUCGGUUUACCUCGAGGACUCCGUGGGCCUGCGGGGGCCCAACCGCCAGCUGCUCGCCGACCUCCACGAGUGGUGCGCGCUCUUGGACGACCCCUUUCGUGAUUGGCGGCGGCUGGAACAUCGAGGUGCAGCUACGUGCAAUGGCAACGAGUGCGACUACUUCGUCACCUCGACAGCGUUAAAGGCCAUGGCGGGCUCCAUCACGGUUCCUGCCGAUGCGCCGAACUGCCCUUACCAGGCGGUUUCCGUGGUGACACGAUGUUGUUGGGAGCGACCCAUGGCGCAGACCCGGCGGGUGCCCGAGGCUUUCGAGUUGGAGAGCGUGGCCGAUGACGCGGCCAGAGGCAGGCGCGACCAGUUGGUCGAGUCGCUGGAAUGGCCCCCUUUUCCCGACACUGGGCCCGAUGGCCCCAUCAAGGAGCGGCCCGCGCAAGCAGAGCUGGCUUUGCAGGCGCUCCAAGGAACGGGAGAGGACGAGGCCCGCUACUUCGAGGGCAGGGCCAAGGGCAUCAGGGCUAUCGCCGUCCCUCUCGAGGCCAAGGCGCAUGCAAGCCCACUCGACAAAGCUUCGGCUAUCACCCAGCGCUGGCUCUCCCUUCGCCACCUCGCCAAGCGCAG